CGCUGCAUUGCCUCUUUGGCGCUCCUAUUGUUUGGAUCUCGAUGUACGAACCAGUAUAUUCAAGUAUAAAUCAGCGCGCGAAUUCAGCGCCGUCCUGAACUAAAACGCGAUCAACAAUGACAACGGAUGAUCUCCUCGCGAACCUCAACCCUUCUCAACAUGCUGCCGUAUCUUCAUUCGCGGAUACAUUGGCCAUUUUGGCCGGACCUGGAAGCGGGAAAACACAUACCCUGACAUCACGAACGGCCUGGUUGCUGGCACAAGGGCUGCAGCCAUGGAAUGUUAUUGUCGCGACUUUUACGGUCAAGGCUGCGCGGGAGAUGAAGGAGAGAAUUGGGAAACUGAUUGGGAACGGGCUAGAGUCAAAAUUGAUAUUGGGCACAUUUCACAGCAUUGCAAGGAGGUACUUGACUCGGUAUGGACAUAUGAUUGGUAUUCAAAAGGACUUUGGAAUCGCAGACAGUGCCGACUCACUCGCGAUCAUCAAGCGGAUUGUUAAAAGGCAUGAUUUUACAAUUGAUCCCAAGGUAGCCCGAUCACGCAUAAGCGGGCGAAAAGCCAAGGGGAAUGGUUAUAAUGAUGAAGGUAGCGGCGUUUCGAGCAAGGGACCUAAAAAAUCCGUCGAAGCACAAGAGUUUGAAUGUUGCUACAACGAAUACGAAGCAGCCUUGCAACGAUCGAAUUUGCUCGAUUAUGAUGACCUUCUCCUGCGAUGCGUCGAUCUGCUACGAAAAUACCCAUCUUGCGUGUCAAAUGUUGAGGCGGUUUUGAUUGACGAAUUUCAAGAUACAAAUGUUGUCCAAUUUGACUUGAUGCGGUUAUUUGCUUCACAGCGGAAACGAAUUACAAUAGUUGGAGACCCUGAUCAGAGUAUAUAUGGAUUUCGGGCAGCAGAGAUCAAGAACUACAAAAGGAUGCUUCACCAAUAUCCGGAUACUGUUACGAUUGCCCUGGAAGAGAAUUAUCGUUCAUCUGGUGCUAUCCUUCUAGCUGCACUGAGCGUCAUUGAACAAGAUAGCUCAAGAGUGGAAAAAUCUCUCAUGCCAACUCAUACCGUUGGGACUCGGCCAGUUCUCCGGAAACUCUCGAACGCUCAUCAAGAGGCAGAGUGGAUCGUUACUGAGAUUCAGAGGUGUAUGGGAAUGACUGGAGAUCUCCUUGAUUUGAAUGAUAUUGCCAUCCUUCUACGGUCAGCCUCUCUGUCUCGACAUAUUGAGAGCGCGCUGGGCAAAGCAGGGAUACCAUAUCGCAUGGUCGGCGGCCUUCGAUUUUAUGAUCGAGUUGAGGUCAAAACUAUUCUAGACUAUCUGAGAGUCAUCAAUCAGCCGGACAACAAUGACGCUUUAUCUCGAGUGAUCAACACUCCAUCUAGAAGGAUUGGGGAGGCAACCAUCAGGGCAUUAUUAGAGGAAGCUGAUCAGUCGAAAAUAACUCUCUGGUCCUUGAUACUCGGAGCCGUUCAGGGGAGAGGAGCAACAAAGACGAAGCUUGCAAAAUUGACAGAGAAAGGCAUCUCGGAAUUUGUCAACAUUAUUUUGACGGCGAGGAAGAAGAUAUCGGAUCUUGAGAAUCCAAUCAGCACUGUCGAACUCAUCAAAUUUAUUUGCAAGCAAACAGAUUAUGAAAACUGGUUAAAGGACCAUCAUGCUGACGUCCACGGAGCACGCUGGGACAAUGUGCAAGAACUUAUUACCCAGGCUGGCGAUUUUCAGGAUCUGGUCGCUGCUGGAUACGAAGACGAGUCUCUGCCCGAGAUAGAUGGGCUGGAGCAGGGUGAGGAAUCAGGCCACCUUUCUAGAUUUCUGGCAAAUGUAGCUCUGGCAUCAGAAGUCAAACAUGAUGAAGAUGGCGGGCCGGGCACUGCUCAGAUCACAAUAUCCACCAUCCACGCAGCUAAGGGAUUAGAAUGGCCUGUUGUCUUCAUCCCUGCUACCUACCAAGGAUCUAUUCCGCACUCCAGAAGUGAGGAUUCAAAUGAAGAACGCAGGCUUCUCUACGUCGCUAUGACAAGAGCUAAGGCGUUGUUGUACAUGAGCAUUCCCCUCAAGAACUCGCAAGGUGAGGAGACGACCCUGUCUCCUUUCUUGUCGCCUCCUUCCCUGGCACCUCUUCUAGAUCAGAGAGGCCCCUCGUUACAGUCGUCCACCAUACAAUCGAUUUCUCAGAUUCUUCGCCGGCCUUUGCCAUCUGCAGAAUCUAUCUCCAAAUCAGCUGCCGAUCUGUACAGCAUGGAAGAUGAUUUAUUCCCUGUUGGUGGUGAGGAUAUAGACAUGGAUAAUGAAUCAAGAUACUCAACCAACUGGAACCCGUCCUAUACGCGGGGCCAAAAACCUGCGAAGAGGCAAAAAAUCGAGCUUGGGCGAUCCACUAGCAAUGUGGUAGAUACGAAAAGUGCUUUUGAGGGCUAUAGAACGACAAUGGAUAGAGCUUCGAGCUUCACAGUGGGCUCUAUGAAUUGCAAGACAAGCUUUGUUAGCGCAGGAUCUCUCCCGGUGCUGAGCGAGCAAUCAAUAAAUCGCACGGUUUCAACAGGGCGUGUUGAGGAUACCCAGAAUACAUCGAAAACGAAAGCCUCUGGUUCUGGCAGGCAAACAGGCAAAGGUAUGGAUGGUCAGGGAACCUUGCUUGGCUUCCUGGGCAAACCAGAACCUCGGACACUCAAGCGACUUGCUCCCAGCAAUGACGGUUCGGCACAUCUUGCAGAACAUAAGCACGGCUCGGAACCGUCUUUUAUGUCUAGGGAUACCCACAAGCCACGGCUGCCUUCUUCUACGGAACCAGUGGGCAUCUCCCCGGCCUUAGCAAAGCAUCGUCUUGGCGCAGGACAGACAAUACGGCCAAAGCCCGUGUUGGACGACGAGCAGCAUAAGCGGAAUGACUAUGUGUUUCUAUCAAGCUCACCACCAAGGCCGGACUCCUCAACACUGGAACAGAAGACUAUUCAGGCCGAAGCUCCUACUGAUGCAGGUGUGAAGCCUGCCUCUCGACCUUUGCUCCGGCCCGCAACUACUAUGCAUAUGACCAGCGUAUCGACUGUUCAAAGUGGCGGUCACAGGAAGACAUUGGGGGUUAAGAGGAGUAUGGCUGGAUGGUCGAGUCAAAAGGGCAAGGGAUUUGUGCCACCGACGAUGAAGAGACCUGGGUGAUUAUGUUAUACGCGGGCGUGUGUUCGUCCUGAGGCGGGAUUCCUAAGGCUGGAUGGAGGAGUAAGGGGGGAAGGCGAAUGGCGCAUGGAAGCAUAGCAUGAGCAGUACGACGCAUGAUCUCAUGACAGCGGGCUAUUGCAGAGUGCAGGAUUACCUCGGCUUGGCUCUUCGCAUAUACCGGUAGAUGGGGGGGAGCGAGAGGGGAGAGGAGAGAGGGGAGAGCAGAUGGGGAGGUAAGGUAGACGGUAUAUCAUAUAUGUAUAUCCAAUGUACGUGUAUAUAUAUAUUACUAAUGCCAGAACCAAUAAUCAAACUCUCGG